CUAGCAUGGUUUGUCUUGAUUGGCUCGCCGUGGCCGCGGCAGGCCAGGCUCCCUCCUCGCGUUCAGGCGGGUUAUUGUCUUUCGACUUUCUGAGGCAGCUCUAGCUCGGAAUCGGGACCGAACCUUACAGGGCAGCGACGAAACCAUGGCUGGAGGCAAGGCUGGCAAGGACAGUGGAAAAGCCAAGGCGAAAGCAGUGUCUCGCUCACAAAGAGCUGGACUUCAGUUCCCAGUGGGCCGUAUACAUAGACACUUGAAGACUCGCACUACGAGCCAUGGACGGGUUGGUGCUACAGCUGCUGUAUACAGUGCUGCAAUUCUUGAGUACCUCACUGCUGAGGUUUUGGAAUUAGCAGGUAAUGCUUCCAAGGAUCUCAAGGUAAAACGUAUCACUCCUCGUCACUUGCAGCUUGCUAUUCGUGGUGAUGAGGAAUUGGAUUCCCUUAUUAAAGCUACAAUUGCUGGUGGAGGUGUAAUUCCUCACAUCCACAAGUCUCUGAUCGGAAAGAAGGGACAGCAGAAAACUGCAUAGAGAAGAGUUUUAAACAGCCCUCUUCCUCCCUGUCAUUGUACUGUAACUGGGACAGAAGAAAUAUGGGGAUAUGUGGAAUUUAAAAAAAAUAGUUAAAUGGAAGAGCACAGACAAUUGACUGUAAACUUAAAACAUUUGUUUGUUCUUUAGAUUCAAAGUUUGACAAAAAAAGUACCUUGUUAUGUGGCAGCAGUUUGUGUGUUGAUUGGCUAAGUUUCUCCCAUGUGUUUUAUACAAAAAUGGAACUGAUAAAACCAUUUUUUACAAAA